CUUCGCGAAUGUGGUUCUUGACUUCCUGAUAUUUUUGUUUUUUUUGGAGAAGAACUUUCCGAUUAGAAACCCGACGACUUCCUCCCUUGCACCCAAUCUCACCAUGCCUGACCGGAGGCGAGAGAGAUGAGAAAAAUCCCGACAUCCGGCUCUCCUCCACCGUCCGAUCCGAUCUAAAUCCCAGUCCGCGAUGGCGCUCUACCGUCGGUGCCUCUCCUCCUACGAAGAGUACGUCGCCGACUUGCCCGUGUUCAACUCCUCGUGCUACUUCUGGUUAAACAACGUCUCGUGCAACUUCAUCCCCACGCCGUCCAGCAACGCCGUCCCCAUCGAUACCACCGACCGCGACCACGACCGCCAGCUCUCCAACGUCCUCAUCGUCGUCAUCUCCGUUGCCGCCGCAUUCUUCUUCGUCUCUGUCGUCACCUGCUGCGCCUACGCCGUCUUCCGCUGGCGCCGGCGCCGGCGCCACCCCCUCCUCCCCCAUACGGCAGCCCCCGUUCCCGCGGGCGCUGCCCGGUCCGACGACGACGGGUCCUCCGAGGACGGGGAGUGGCUUCACCCCGUGUGGUACAUCCGGACCGUCGGGCUUGAUGAGUCGACGAUAAGAUCCAUCGCCGUCACCGAGUACAAGGCCGGCGGCGGGAUCCUCGGCGCCGCCGACUGCUCGGUGUGCCUCGGGGAGUUCCAGGACGGGGAACUCGUCCGGCUACUCCCCAAGUGCGGCCACGCCUUCCACGUCCCCUGCAUCGAUACCUGGCUCCGGGCCCACGUCAACUGCCCCCUUUGCAGGGCACACAUCGUCGACCCGGCGGCGGAGCUCGUCGGCGCCGAUCCUCCCCCUCCUGCCACCGCCACUGCCGCUACUAACUCGAUCGAGGGCUCAAGUUCCUCGGCCCCUGUGGACAAUCCCAACACUGGAAUCCAAGCACCGGAGAGCGAUCAUGGGGUGCAGGAAAGGGAAGAGGAGGAUAGAGGGAUUGAGAGUGGAACUGGAAUUGGAAUUUUGAUUAACCAGUUGCCGGAAAGCUCUGAGAUUAGGGUGCCAAGCGAUUUGGGGGAAGUUGGGUUGCCGCGCCGGUCUGUUUCGAUGGACUCGCUAUUCUUGGGUACUCUUCCCAUCACAAUGGAGCCGGAUGAGAGUUCCAGGGAGGAGGGAAAAGAUCCCAAUUUUGGUGAAGAGCAAAGACUAAAGAACAAGGGAAAGCAGGGGAAUUCUUCUAAAAGGUCUUCGUUGCAGAAGGGUCAUUUAGAAAUAGAAAGAUCUCUGUCCAGUGGCAGGUGGCUCUUCUCAAGAUAUGGACGGUUGGCGAGGAACUCGAUUCUCCCUUUGUGAUGGUGAAUAAAGGCUGCUUGUUUAGUUUAGUUGCAGUGAUAAUAAUAUCCCUUUGAAUUGGCAGUUUCCAUGAAUUUGGAAUAUGAAGGGCGUUCUCAGCAAUUUGGGACCUGCUCACUGCUGUUCAUACAAUUAGGGAUAGUGAGGAAGGUUAAAAAAGUGAACCUUCCUAUCAUGAAUACUAGGCAAUCCAAACUAAUGAAGACCAUACUCUACACUCUACAGAGAUUUGGGCUAAUGCUUUUGGUUACAUGAGUACAUUACUAGAAAGAGAGAAUGCAGUCAGGCCCAUUUUUUAGGGCAACGUAUGGUAGGCUGGCUAUGCUAGUGCAUCAAAUUUUUGCUAUCUAAAGCCUGCUAUACCAGUGUUCCUUUGGCCGGAGAAAAGGAAAGUUUCAUCUGAUUGAGAACGGCAAAAACAAGUGCAGCCAAACAUCUCCAGAGAAUAAUCAUGAGGUACAGGGACAUAUUAAUUUUCUUUCAGACCUCAAAGUUCUAAGAUUCUAUCAUUCUGAUCUUGAAGGUCCAUUUGAUGUAUCAGUUCUUGGCAUCUUUCUACAAUUAAUGUCUGGACACUUUUAUCUGGAUUCUUUUCAAAUUGCAGUGGGGCAGUUUGAGUGUCAGGAUGUUUGAUUGUCUUUAGAAACUUGAGAAUUCUUUCGUACCACUUGGAAUCUCCCAUAAUUUUAAAAAUUAUUGUAAAACAUUCAUCUGAGAUAACCACAUUAUUGAAUUUUUGAAGUUUUCAUAAUUAUCAAAUGAUUACUUCACGUGCUUUCCCU